AUGCCUCCCGCCAUUUUAACACGGGACACCUUGAGCUCUUUUGUUGAGGGCAGCUCCAUCCCGGCCCGCAGCGCGAUGCCUUCCACUGACCGACUUUACUCAACGCAGCCCUGGAGGCCGCUCCUCGUCGGCAGCAAACGGCUCGCCAUGCGUUCAUUUUCAAACAUCUCCCGUCGUAGCGACGACGGCCAGAAUAAUCUGAUUGACUUGAUGCUCGCCAUCUUGGGCCUUGUCUUUAUAGGCCUCAUCCUCGCCUCCCUCCUCUACUUGUUCCAUCGUCGACGACGCCUGCAGCGCCUUCAGAACGGUCCCCUGCCUCCCUAUGAAGGCGUCAGGCAGACCAACUCCUGCGGCCUGACCAUCGAGACAACUCACAAUGGCCGGUCGAGUCUCUUCUACAUCGGCCGUGACGGCCAGCCCAUGCUUCAGAACCCUUAUUCCCCACCUCACUCUCCCGACAACGUUCCGCAGAUUCACAUUACAUUCCCUGACGAACAAGACGAGAAUGGACAUGCCAAGAGCGGCCGCGUUCUGGUGGUGCGUGUCGGUGACAACGCCGCCGUUGGCCUUGAACCCAUGCGUGAAGAGGAGCUACCAGCGUACGAGAAGGAGUCCAAAGGUCAAUUUCAGUCCGUUGACAUGGACAAGAUUGGUGGAUUGAAGGAGAAGGACCGGACCUUGUUCCAGUAA